GGAAAGGAAGCAGACGAACUUGCGCUUAUAAUACAUAGUUUAAAGGUUCACUCCCCUAAUUGAUGCAAGUUUUGUUUUCAGGCUCCAAUGUAACGAGUUCCACCUUGGUGGGAACUUGAUGGAACAAAAAAGAAAUGCAAUUAUAAUAUGAAAUUUUACGUGCCGUCCGUGACGUUGGGGUAGCGUUUCUAAAAUUACAACGUCGUUUUUGCUCAUGUAAGGUUACACUAAGGAUCAGAUCACCUCAAUACUGUCAGCUCGGAGACAAAUAUUUGUACCGAUUAUGACCUGUUUUGUCCGUUGUAUCUUGUUGGACAUUUCGUUGACGUAAGUGUACUAAAUACUUCAAAGAAAUUCACUUCCUUUCUCUCUAGUGUAGAAACUAACAUGUCGAACUCCGCUUUAUUGCGACUCGAAUAAGGAAAUUAUUAAAUAUUCACAAACUAGCAAAAAAGAAAAAAAAGAAAGCGCUUGGAUGGGCAGGACAGUAACCGAUUUUCUCUCAGUCGAACUUUGUCGUGUUAUCUCGGCUCACUCAUACCGACCGAGAUAAGUUUUCUUUUUUUCCUAUCUGAGCCUGAACAAUGCCCGUAUUGAUAAAAGGCUGCAACGUGGGAUCCUCCCCUACGUAUCCACGCUAAAGGCCUCUGCUUUGGCCUCGUGUUUGCUGCCGACCGCCAUCAAGUCUCCAGGAGCAACUAUGGUUAUUAGGUGUGGGCUUUUUUUUGGACUGCUGUGUCUUUGGCUGGGUCCUGCCCAGGCCGCCGAAAAACCACCGAGUCAAGGGCUGCAGUGCGAUGGUUGCGUGGCGGUUCUACAGGAGCUGCACAAGAAGCUGGCCGACAGCCAGGGACGGAAGAAGCUCAUCGAGGCUGCGCUUCGAGGACUCUGCAACACGGACAACUUCGUUAUCUACAGGCACAGUCCGCCCAAGAUGAUGAAGGCCUGCAGCUUCAUUCUAGAUAACUACCGAGGUGAACUCACGUCCAGUCUGCAGUCCUUCUACAAGAAGUACAAGGUGAAGGACAACCUCAAGCUACAGAAAGAGUUCUGCGACAGCACCGUCAAGCUGUGUCUGCCAGGGCAGCGGGACGCCGACAUCAGGAUGGCACCAGAGGGCAUGACUGUCGACGAAGCCAACCAAAAACUCGCCGAAGACAUGGGGACGAUGCAGCAGCAGCAGACGGAUAUACCGCCAAAAGCUCAGAUUGAUAGGGACGAGCUGUGAUACUCCCACCACCCACUUACACCAGGUCACUAGAGAACAAAGGUAUCAUAAAUUUCAGUCAAAGUCAUCGUGAAC